UUCCCAUACUCAAACCUUCUUCAGACCAAGGCAGACUCUCUCUCACUACUUCCAUUAUCUUCUCAAAUUUCUAGGGUUAGGGUUUUAAUCAAACCUGACUCUAAAAUGGAAGAAGAAGAACACUACAGAAUGAAAGAGCGCACCGCUUUAGUGGCUAUUGUGGUGUUGGCUUCCAUUGCCGUGGCUUCUUUGCUUGUCGCUUUCAGCUACUACUGCUAUAUACGUAAUAAGGUCUCUAAGCGCUUAAACGACCUUCAAAGAGUGGAUCAUGAUGACAAAGGUGAUCCGGGAAAUUUACAAGUUACAACCGAUAAAGGACUUCACGUGUUCACUUACAAGCAGUUACAUUCAGCAACCGGGGGCUUCAGCAAGUCAAAUGUAGUUGGGCAUGGUGGGUUUGGGUUAGUGUACCGGGGAGUGCUUAGCAACGGGAGGAAAGUUGCUAUAAAAUUGAUGGAUCAAGCUGGAAAGCAGGGAGAGGAUGAAUUUAAGAUGGAGGUUGAAUUGCUUAGUCGGCUGCAUUCACCAUAUUUGCUGGCUUUGCUUGGUUAUUGUUCUGAUAAUAGUCGUAAGCUGCUUGUUUAUGAGUUCAUGGCGAAUGGCGGCCUACAGGAACAUCUGUAUCCUAUGAAUGGUUCCAAUUCAGCUUCCCCAAAAUUGGACUGGGAAACCCGUUUGAAAAUAGCUCUUGAAGCUGCCAAAGGUUUGGAAUAUCUCCAUGAACAAGUUACUCCCCCAGUAAUUCACAGAGAUUUUAAGAGCAGCAAUAUCCUGUUGGACAAGAAUUUCCGUGCCAAAGUUUCUGAUUUUGGAUUAGCCAAGCUUGGAUCUGACAAAGUUGGUGGACAUGUUUCAACUCGAGUGUUAGGCACCCAGGGAUAUGUGGCUCCUGAGUAUGCUUUGACUGGGCAUCUCACGACAAAAUCGGAUGUCUAUAGCUAUGGGGUUGUCCUUUUAGAGUUGCUUACAGGCAGAGUUCCUGUUGAUAUGAAGAGACCAUCCGGUGAAGGAGUUCUUGUAUCUUGGGCCUUGCCUCGGUUGACAGACAGAGAGAAGCUUGUAGAGAUUAUGGAUCCUGCAUUGGAGGGUCAAUAUUCAAUGAAAGAGGUUAUUCAGGUGGCUGCCAUUGCUGCAAUGUGUGUGCAACCUGAGGCCGACUACAGGCCAUUGAUGGCAGAUGUUGUGCAGUCACUAGUCCCACUGGUGAAGUAUCACAGGUCAACUUCCAAGACCGGCAGCUCUCCUAGCUUUCAUGCUAACUCACCCUUACAAGAUCUCAGUAAAGCUAGCGGGUGAGACUAAAUAAAACAAGUUUAAUUUAUCUGGGUGUGCCUCCUUAGCUAACUUAAGAGUUCAGUACUCUGUUCUUUAGUCAUCUGCCUGGACUAGAACUAGAAUAUUUAUGGCCUCUAAUUAGAAGAAUCAGAAUGUGUAAUAAUACAUUUGACUGCCAUUAAUCUAAGAAAACAUGCCGCUUAAAAUAA